UCAUUCUGACUCAUUUUCCGUGCAAUAAACCAGGGAGUCUCUUAACUGAUGGGAGAUUAACAUCUUUUGCAGUUUGAAUGUGCCUGGGACCUGAGAUUCACAUGAGCUUUCAAAAUCAUUCAUCGACCAGCAUGGGCAUCAAAGUAGCUGUGAGCUGUACUGUCUUGUACAUCCUACUGGACCUGAUCGUCACCACUGUCCUCUAUACACAUGGAUCACACUUGAGUAUAUUCAAAAAGGAAGCCCUGAACUUUAAUGUCCUCCAGUCAGCGCUGGACCUCUGGGGGACUGUGCUGCUCAGAGCCUCCCUCCUCCUGGGAGCCUCCAUAGGGGUGUCAUGGAACAGACAAGACGGCCCACAGAGGGCAGCUAAACUCACCACCUUCAUUCUCUUCAUCUGCCUGAUGGUCUUCACCUACGCCCUGACCAAGCUGCUGAUGCUGAGCGAGCUGAAGCCUCUGGCCCAACAGCCCUGGUUCCUCAGCUUGAUAUGUUGGACUUGUGCUUCCUCUCUGGGUGUUGUGCUGCUCUGGAGGAUGCUCGGGAAGGAGUCCAAGUCCGUGAGCAGCAUCAGUGGAGGAGGACGGGGCUCAGAGGACUCUGAAAAGCUGGUGGGGACAGCUGGUGAGGAGGAGCAGGAGGUGGGGGGUGAGAGGAAGAAGAAGAAGGAGAAGGAUGAGGGGAGCCAGGAGAAGGAGGCAACCAGCUCGGGGGUCACACUGUGUCGUCUGCUGACCUACUGCAGAAAGGACAGCGGGCUGCUGUCUGUAGCCUUCCUCUUCCUCCUCAUCUCUGCUGUGUGUGAGGCCUUCAUACCGUACUACUACGGGAAAGCAAUAGACAGCAUUGUGGUUCAUCAGAGUAUGGAGUACUUCGCUAAGCCUGUCAUCACACUGGGAGUGCUGGCCUUUUCCAGCUCAAUUGCAAUGGGAGUGCGUGGAGGAGUCUUCACCCUGGCGUUUGCAAAAUUAAACCUUCGGCUCAGGAACCAUCUCUUCAGAAAUCUGAUGAGGCAGGAAAUCGCCUUUUUUGAUGAAAACCAUACAGGUGACAUCCUUUCACGUCUGUCAGCUGACACCACCCAAGUGAGUGACCUCAUCUCCCAGAAUGUGAACAUCUUCCUGCGGAGCGCCGUCAAGGGCAUUGGCUUUUUUAUUUUCAUGUUUGGUAUGUCCUGGAAGCUCACAAUGGUGACCAUCAUGGCAUUCCCUUUCAUCAGCCUUGUCUCCAAAUUUUAUGGCGAUUACUACAAGGAACUGACCAAAGAGGUGCAAACAACCCUCGCAGAGGCCAGCAAAGUUGCAGAGGAAACCAUUUCAUCCAUGAGGACGGUACGGAGCUUCGCCAACGAGUGCGGGGAGGCCGAUUCUUACUACAGCAAGCUUCUGGUCAUGUUCCAGCUCAACAAAAAACAAGCCCUGGCCUACGCUUGCUACAUGUGGUCCAGUUGUAUCUCGGAGCUUGCUUUACAAGUGGCCAUCCUCUACUAUGGCGGCCACCUCGUACUAACCGGUCAGAUGAGCAGCGGUGCCUUGAUAUCUUUUUUCAUAUACAUGCUCCAACUGGGGGAAUGUCUCGAGAGUAUUGCGUCGGUGUACACGGGCCUCAUGCAGGGUGUUGGAGCUGCUGAGAAGGUUUUCGAGUACCUGGACAGGGAACCCAAACACCCAGCUGACAGCACAGAGGCUCCGGAUAUGUGCACGGGUUUGGUUGAAUUUAAAGACAUCACAUUUGCCUAUCCAACUCGCCCUGAGACUGACAUUCUCAAGGGAGUGUCAUUCACUCUGCGUCCUGGCGAGGUGACUGCCCUCGUGGGACCUUCAGGCAGUGGGAAGAGCUCUUGCGUGAGUCUGCUGGAAAACUUCUACCUUCCACAGCAAGGCCAAGUGCUGCUGGAUGGAAAGCCUGUGCACACCAUCCAGCAUGACUACCUCCACUCCAAGGUCGCUCUUGUGGGCCAAGAGCCUGUGCUGUUUGCCCGGACGGUCGAGGAGAACAUCGCCUAUGGCCUGACCGACGUCCCCAUGGAGACUGUUGAGCAGGCUGCCAUCAAGGCUAAUGCUCACGAUUUUAUCACCAUGCUCCCUGCAGGCUAUGAGACUAGUGUUGGAGAAAAAGGCACCCAGUUGUCAGGGGGGCAGAAACAAAUGGCCAUUGCAAGAGCGCUCAUCCGCAAACCUCGUGUUCUUAUCCUGGACGAGGCGACCAGUGCCCUGGAUGCAGAGAGCGAACACAUUGUUCAGACGGCUCUGAACAACAUCAUGCAGGAGCACACAGUGUUGGUGAUCGCCCAUCGGCUCAGCACAGUGGAGAAGGCAGACAACAUCAUCGUGAUCGACAAGGGCCAUGUGGUGGAACAGGGGUCUCACAGUCAGCUGAUGGCCAGCGGGGGGCUUUACUACAAGCUGGUGCAAAGGCAGGUCCUGGGCAUCGAGACGGGGGAUGAGGUCCUCAACCCAUCGGAAAAACUAAACUGGAAGUCUGAUGGUGAAAAGCAGCGCAGAAGACUAAGCAGCAGCAGCAGCAGCAGCGCCAGUGAUUCUGAGCGCAAUAUGCGUUACUGAGAAAAAACUGUGUGGAAAUGGGACUGAAAUGCUGGAGGGUUUAUAGCAUUUUUUUUUGUAUAUUCUGAGAUUCAAAAUGCACCACAGCAGCUAUUUUGUGCAGAUAUUCAUGUAACCAUUUUCAUGCAAAGAGUAGAAGUCCUCAAACAAAACUUACACCACAGAACAUUCAAAACACUACAAUCUAGGAUCCUUAUAUUAUUUAAAGGGGAAGUUCAGAUUUAUGAAGGUGGGUUGUAUGAGGUACUUAGUCAAUGUAUUACAUACUAUAGAUGCCAGUCAGGAUGCCCUCAGUUUGUAGAAGCAGUAGGAGUGCUGAAACAGAAGCUAAGCAAUGUACUGCUGUUGAUGGAGACCAGCAACAAAACAUAGUUUAGACACCUAUAAAGGUCUCUUCUAAAAAAAACCAAAUAUAUAACACAAGCGUACACUGUAUUGAGAGUAUUUUCAUUGUUUUACCUUUCUGUCAGACAGCAUAACAGACUAGCUGUUAACAGCUUC